AUGACAGACGAAACCACCAAUCACCUCUUAGCCGUCACCAAAAAUAGUCAUGAAAAAUUAGAGAAUAACCCCUCUAUACAUUCAAUUCCCAACUUUCUUGCAAAUCUAGGAAGCGGAUUUAUGCCAUACGAUGAUAAGCUAAUUAUACCUUCGAUGAUAGUCACGACACUUGAAAAUCCCAAUUUGGCGUUAUUGAGUGAUUCAUUUCAUUUAUUGAGCGAUUUAGUUAGCUUCACAAUUUCUCUGUUAUCCAUAUAUCUAUCCCAUCGUCCCGCUUCAAAGUCGCAUUCAUAUGGAUAUUACCGAGCUGAAAUAUUGGGUGCACUUUUUUCGAUUUUGCUCAUAUGGAUUCUCACCUGCUUCCUGUGUUUAGAAGCCUACGAUCGAAUAAGCAAUCCGAAAGAAGUAGAUGGAAAGACCAUGUUUAUUAUAUCCUGCAUAGGCGUUUUUGUCAAUUUGCUGUUAAUUUUCGUACUAGGCCAUACUCACUUUCAUAGUCAUGACAGCAAAGACAAUAAGGACAGUCAUAAUAAUGGAGAUGGCGUUAAUAUUCGAGCGGCUUUACUGCAUGUGUUUGGCGAUUUACUCUCAUCAUUAGGAGUCUUGAUUUCAUCAAUCGUCAUUAUCUACGAUCCAAGUAAGGUGUGGGUAGAUCCGCUGUGUACAUUUUUCUUUUCGGUAUUGGUAAUGGCGACCACGUUUGGAAUAUUGAAGAGUAGCAUAAGAGUACUGAUGGAAGCGACGCCACCUCACAUUGACAUACAAGCCGUAAAAUUAGACCUGAAGUCUAUCGAGGGUGUAAGGAGCGUACAUGACUUGCAUGUCUGGGAUUUGACUGUUGGAAAAACAAUACUCGUUGCCCACCUAAAACUCCAAAAAUACAGUCCAACUCAAUAUUCCGAAACAUUCACGCGAUCCUCAAUAUUAUCAAUGGCCCGAAAGAUGUUGAGAAAGAAAUAUAAUAUUUUUAUG